GCUCCGCUCCGCUCGGCUCGGCUCGACAUAGCUCCUCGAGCUUCGACGGAAAUUUCGUCGCGGGGGCCUGAGCGUAUACCCUACGAGGUGAGCUCUCGGUCGAACUGCGAAAUAUACGACCUCCUGCACCCUCGUGGAAGGUGCAACGUCGACAAGGUCGUCCUUGCGAACACUCACGUGAGAUCGUGAAACGAGACGAGUGCGCGAAUUGAGAGUUCGACGGUGUCGAAGUGAAGUGCUAUUUCGAGGUGCCGAGCGCUUGCGCAAGGGUCGUCGGCGAACGGUCUGGGUGCCCUCCCGGCAGCAGUGGGUGAUCGUCGGUGCUCCACGACGGGUUAGCACGUCGACGUCGACGUCGCCAUCGUCGCUGUCGUCUACAUUGUUGUCGUCGUCGACGUCCUCGUCCUCUUCCUCGUCCUCGUUGUCGGCUCAGUCGACGAGACGAAGAGGCCGAGAACCUGCGUCAGGAUAGCGACGGGAAUAUGCCAGCCACGCGAGAUUGUGCAUGACUAUCCGCUACCUCUCCAGCAUCGAUAAGGGUGCCUCGGACACGAAGAGACACGCGAGAUAGGCACACGCUCGCGUAAACGCGUGCACAGGUGCGAGCGCGCGUGAAAGUGACGCAGACGAAGGAGGCUCGUCGCGUGGGGAAAGCGUGUCGAAGGGAUGGCCGACAGCGAGGGUGGCUCCGAGCAGGACGACGUAUCAUUCCUCCGCACGGAGGAUAUGGUAUGUCUGUCCUGCACUGCGACAGGAGAGAGAGUCUGCUUGGCAGCCGAGGGUUUCGGCAAUCGACACUGCUUCCUCGAGAACAUCGCAGACAAGAACAUACCGCCGGACCUGUCGCAAUGCGUGUUUGUCAUAGAACAGGCUCUCUCAGUGAGAGCCCUGCAGGAAUUGGUCACCGCUGCUGGUUCAGAGACGCAGCAAGACAAUUUAGGAAAGGGCACCGGGUCAGGGCACAGGACCUUAUUAUACGGUAAUGCCAUAUUGCUGCGACAUCUCAAUAGCGACAUGUACCUCGCGUGUCUGUCCACGAGUUCGUCGAACGAUAAGCUUGCCUUCGACGUCGGUCUGCAGCAACAUUCUCAAGGUGAGGCGUGUUGGUGGACUGUACAUCCCGCUUCCAAGCAGAGGUCGGAGGGUGAGAAGGUGCGUGUGGGUGACGAUCUUAUCUUGGUGUCCGUCGCGACUGAACGAUAUUUGCACACGACAAAGGAAAACGAUCUGUCGGUGGUCAAUGCAUCCUUUCACGUCACUCAUUGGUCGGUGCAGCCUUACGGUACUGGUAUCAGUAGAAUGAAGUACGUCGGUUAUGUCUUCGGUGGCGACGUUUUGAGAUUUUUCCACGGUGGCGACGAAUGCUUGACAAUACCGUCGACUUGGAGUCCAACACCUAGUCAAAACCUUGUAAUUUACGAAGGCGGCAGCGUGAUGAGUCAAGCAAGAUCACUAUGGAGAUUAGAGCUCGCCAGGACGAAAUGGGCAGGUGGCUUUAUUAAUUGGCUGCAUCCUAUGAGAAUCAGGCAUCUGACAACCGGACGUUAUCUCGGUGUGAAGGAGAACAACGAGCUCUAUCUGGUCGAUAGGAAUGAUGCGACGAUUGAGACUUCGACGUUUUGGCUGCGGCAAGAAAAGGACGAUCAAAAGAUUGUUCUCGAGGAUAAGGAUCUGGAGGUAAUCGGCAUGCCGAUUAUCAAAUACGGUGACUCCACUGUUAUUAUGCAACAUGCCACCACGUGUCUCUGGGUAUCUUAUAAGUCGUACGAAACGAAAAAGAAAGGCGUCGGAAAAGUCGAAGAGAAGCAGGCGGUACUUCACGAGGAGGGUAAGAUGGACGACGGAUUGGAUUUCUCUAGAUCUCAAGAAGAAGAAUCUCGUACCGCUCGUGUCAUUAGGAAAUGCAGCAGCUUGUUCACACAAUUCAUCACAGGCCUAGAAACGUUGCAAGUAAACAGAAGAGCAUCCAUGUUUUUUCAAAACGUGAAUCUUAACGAAAUGGUAAUGUGUCUGGAGGACUUGAUCAAUUACUUUGCUCAACCCGAGGACGACAUGGAACAUGAGGAGAAGCAAAAUAAGUUCCGCGCUCUCAGGAAUCGUCAGGAUCUGUUUCAAGAGGAAGGCAUACUUAAUCUCAUCCUCGAGGCCAUCGACAAGAUUAACGUGAUUACCUCGCAAGGAUUCCUCGUCGCUCUUUCCGGCGACGAAAGUGGCCAAGCUUGGGAUCAAAUAUCUGGAUAUCUUUAUCAAUUAUUAGCGGCCAUUAUCAAGGGAAAUCACACCAACUGCGCUCAGUUUGCCAACAGCAAUCGUCUCAAUUGGCUGUUUAGUCGAUUAGGAUCGCAAGCAUCCAGCGAAGGAACGGGAAUGUUGGAUGUACUUCAUUGCGUGCUGAUUGACUCGCCGGAGGCUUUGAACAUGAUGAGGGAUGAGCACAUAAAAGUGAUCAUUUCUUUAUUGGAGAAACAUGGUAGAGAUCCGAAGGUAUUGGACGUCUUGUGUUCACUAUGUGUGGGUAACGGUGUCGCAGUACGCUCCUCGCAGAAUAAUAUUUGCGACUUUCUAUUGCCCGGGAAGAACUUGCUUCUCCAAACGCAAUUAGUGGAUCAUGUGGCGAGCGUCAGACCGAAUAUAUUUGUCGGCAGAGUGGAGGGUUCCGCUCUGUACCAAAAAUGGUAUUUCGAGGUGACUGUCGAUCACAUUGAACAAACGACCCACAUGAUGCCGCACUUGAGAAUCGGAUGGGCGAAUACCGCCGGCUACAUGCCGUAUCCUGGCGGGGGCGAGAAAUGGGGUGGAAAUGGUGUUGGUGACGAUUUAUACUCUUUCGGGUUCGAUGGUGCCUACCUGUGGACCGGUGGCAGGAAGACCCAAGUAGUGCAAAAUACUACUGAACCCUACAUUAGAAAGAGCGACGUGAUCGGCUGUGCCUUGGAUCUCACAGUGCCAGUGAUAACGUUCACCUUUAACGGCACUCACAUCAUGGGUUCUUUCCGGAAUUUCAAUCUAGACGGCAUGUUCUUCCCCGCCAUUAGCUGUUCCUCUAAGCUCUCCUGUAGAUUUCUGCUAGGCGGUGAUCACGGUCGACUGAAGUUUCAGCCGCCGGAGGAGUUUUCGCCGUUGGUGGAAAGUCUACUGCCGCAGCAAAUCCUGUCGCUGGACCCGUGCUUCUAUUUUGGCAAUAUGAACAAAGUGGUUCUGGCCGGCCCAUGGCUAGUUGAGGAUGAUACCGCCUUCGUUCCAGCUCCGGUCGACACGUCGAUGGUCAACUUGCCGGCCUACGUUGAGCAGAUCAGAGACAAGUUGGCGGAAAACAUUCAUGAGAUGUGGGCAAUGAACAAAAUCGAGGCUGGUUGGAUCUUCGGCGAAGUACGGGACGACCUAAGAAAGAUACAUCCUUGCAUAGUUCAGUUCGAGAGACUGCCAGCCGCGGAAAAGCGUUACGACACUCAAUUGGCCGUGCAGACUUUGAAGACCAUCCUAGCUUUAGGCUAUUAUAUCACCAUGGACAAGCCACCGUCCAGAAUAAAAACCCUGAGAUUACCAAACGAACCAUUUCUGCAGAGCAGUGGCUACAAACCGGCGCCGCUCGAUCUGACAGCGAUCACGUUGACCCCUAAGAUGGAGGAACUCGUCGAUCAGCUCGCUGAGAAUACACAUAAUCUAUGGGCGAAGGAAAGAAUUAGCCAAGGUUGGACAUACGGGUUGAACGAGGACUCGGUGAUGAGGAGAAGUCCCCACUUGGUGCCCUAUCCGAAAGUCGACGAAGCUAUCAAGAAGGCUAAUCGCGACACCGCUAGUGAGACCGUUAGAACUCUGUUAGUUUAUGGGUAUAUGCUCGAUCCACCUACUGGAGAACAGCACGAAGCAUUGCUUUUGGAGGCCAGCAGAUUACGACAAUUAUACUUCAGGACUUACAGAGUCGAGAAACAUUACGCAGUCAGCAACGGAAAAUGGUAUUUCGAAUUCGAAGUUCUAACAGCCGGCCCGAUGCGAGUUGGUUGGGCAAAAGCCGAUUGCGCACCAGGAAGUAUGUUGGGUAGCGACGAAAGUACUUGGGCUUUCGACGGUUACAAUGAGGAAAAAGUAUACUCGGGCACGGCCGAAACGUUCGGCAAACAAUGGCAGGUCGGAGACGUUGUCGGGGUUUUCCUGGAUCUAAUUGACCGAACGAUUAGCUUCUCCUUGAAUGGAGAAUUGCUGAUGGACGCUCUCGGCGGUGAAACUUCUUUCGCCGACGUACAAGGCGAUAGUUUUGUACCUGCGUUUACCCUUGGCGUCGGCCAGAAGGCGAAACUAACAUUCGGCCAAGAUGUAAACACUCUCAAGUUCUUCACCACUUGUGGUUUACAAGAGGGCUACGAACCAUUCUGUGUCAAUAUGAAUCGUCCGGUAACAUUUUGGUACACAAAAGAUCAGCCUAUUUACGAGAACACCGACGACAUGGCCGAUACGCGAAUCGACGUGGCUAGAAUACCAGCAGGUUCCGACACUCCGCCGUGUCUGAAGAUUUCUCACAACACGUUUGAGACUAUGGAGAAGGCCAAUUGGGAGUUCCUCAGGUUAUCGCUACCCGUGAUAUGUCAGUCUAGCUUCGUAACGGAGGGCGAGAAAUUGCGGAGAUGGCAGGAGAUCAAAAUGCGACAGAACAGACUUCUAGCCGAGCAAGUUGAGCAAGGACAGCAGGCUGCACCGUCGGCUCAUUUGGAACAAAUCAUCAAAUCUGGCUUCAGUAUGAGCGAUAUUAAAGGAUUGCAGAGAAAUUACUCCGAAGAUGCGGUUGAAGCAGAUGAGAUGUUAAAGGAAUCGCCACUUCCUAUGCAACGAGGCAAACCUUCCAGGCCUCCUAGGAAGGGUUCCCUCUAUGGAUCGCAUAUUUUGGACAAUGCAGUUAGCGAAGCUGAGAUGAAUGGAUACGUAAAUGGUGAGAUGAACGGUGACAUAAAGGACGAUAAGAAGAAACGCGGCCGCUCACCUUUCCGGUUCUUCUCACGUAAAGCUAAAUCUCCUGAUGCAAAAUCAAAGACACCCGAACCACAAGUUCGCUCGGACAUCUCGGAUAAAAGUACAAGAACAGUUGGGAGCAAAAGUGCCAAACCUCCUCAAGUUCGUGUUUCAACCACGGACUUGAAAGUCGUGCCACCCCAAAUCCCGGAGCGUAAUGUCCCCAAGGCGAUGUCUGUGUUAACUGGCACUGGUGUCGAAGCAAUUGGCAAUGAGAUUUUCGACGCUGAGUGUAUGAAGCUGAUGAACGAAUACUUCUACGGCGUUAGGAUAUUCCCUGGACAAGAUCCGACUCACGUCUACGUUGGCUGGGUUACUUCGCAAUACCAUUUCCACACGAAGGACUUCAAUUUGUCACGCGUGAGGAAAGGUUCCGUCGCUAUCAUUGAUGAGUAUGAGCGUCUCGUGGAGCAAGUCGAUAGACAAAGCUGCUACAUGGUCCGAGCGGAUGAACUGUACAAUGAAGUCACUCAGGACGCAUCAGGCAAAGGUGCGUCUCAGGGUAUGUUUGUAGGAUGCUUCGUCGAUACUGCGACAGGCUGGGUAUCCUUCACCUGCGAAGGAAAGGACACUAGUCACAAGUUCAAGAUGGAACCGGAUACGAAACUAUUCCCGGCGAUUUUUGUCGAGGCUACCAGUAAAGAGAUCCUGCAGAUCGAGCUCGGUAGGACCUCAACGACGCUCCCGCUUUCGGCCGCCGUGCUUCAGAAUUCCGAACGACACGUGAUACCCCAAUUUCCGCCCAGACUGAAGGUGCAGUGUUUGAAACCGCACCAAUGGGCUAGAGUGCCCAAUCAGUCUCUUCAAGUGCACGCCUUGAAGCUGUCUGACAUCAGAGGCUGGUCGAUGCUGUGCGAAGAUGCUAUAUCGAUGCUCGCUCUUCAUAUACCCGAGGAAGAUAGAUGCAUCGACAUUCUGGAGCUUAUCGAAAUGGACAAAUUACUCAGUUUCCAUGCGCACACAUUAACGUUGUAUGCAGCCUUGUGCUAUCAAUCGAAUUACCGAGCGGCGCACGCUUUGUGCCAACACGUUGAUCAGAAACAAUUGUUGUACGCGAUACGAGCCGAAUACAUGUCCGGGCCCCUGCGACAAGGAUUUUACGAUUUACUUAUCGCCUUGCACCUUGAAUCACACGCAACUACGAUGGAAGUGUGCAAGAACGAGUAUAUAAUACCGCUUGGUCAAGAACUGAAGGAUCUGUACGAGGAUUAUGAGAUGAAGCACAGUCUCAGAUAUUUGGAAACCGAGUCAAUUCGGCCGCAGAUGAAAAUGACAGAAAUCAGGGAUAUUCCUUCCAGUGAUCAGGCGAUCGAAAACAUACGCAAUCUGUACAGUCCGCACUUCCCGCUCGACAUCGUGCGGGAUUACGUGAUGAUGGCACUCAACGAAGCCGUCGAAGUGAAUCAGGUGCACAAUCGAGAUCCGAUCGGAGGCAGCAACGAGAAUCUCUUCCUACCUCUUCUGAAGUUGGUAGAUAGAUUACUCUUAGUGGGCUUGCUGAGAAAUAAAGAUGUAUUCAAUCUGCUCAUCAUGAUAAAUCCCGAAACUUGGGACCCGACUUUUGAUAAAGAAGGAAAGGAUGAGCAUAGAAAAGGCUUAUUACACAUGAAAAUGGCUGAAGGCGCUAAAUUACAAAUGUGCUACCUGCUUCAUCAUUUGAACGACAUCCAGCUGCGCCAUCGUGUCGAGUCCAUCAUCGCCUUCAGUCACGACUUCGUCGGAGAGUUGCAGGCCGAUCAGUUGAGACGUUACAUCGAUAUUAAGCAGUCGGAUUUGCCGUCAGCCGUUGCCGCCAAGAAGACACGUGAAUUCCGUUGUCCUCCGCGCGAACAGAUGAACGCUAUUCUAAGCUUUAAGAAUUUUGACUCCGAGGAAGAUCCAGACAAUUGCCCCUGUGGCGAAGACUUGAUAGUGAAGAUGAAUGAAUUUCAUAGCGAUCUGAUGUCAUAUGUAUCCUUGCACGCUCUUCAGGAAGCGGCUGAUGCCGCAAACGAAUCAGACGAAGAGAUUCAAAAGCCAGGAGCCAUGAAACGUCUCUUCAAUUUUAUCAACGCGGUCAAAGAACUUGAAGAAGAAGCUAAGCCUGAACCCGAGCCUGAAAAAAAGACUCCCGAAGAGGUGUUCCGCAAGGUGCUGAUAUCAACUAUAGUAAAGUGGGCUGAGGAGUCACAAAUCGAGACGCCGAAACUCGUGCGAGAAAUGUUUAGCUUGCUAGUUAGACAGUACGACACUGUUGGUGAAUUGAUUCGAGCCUUAGAGAAGACCUAUGUUGUCAACAACAAGACCAAAAAUGACGUCGCGCUGAUGUGGGUCGGUCUCAGCCAAAUUCGCGCCUUGUUGCCGGUGCAAAUGUCCCAGGAAGAAGAAGAGCUAGUCCGAGAGAGAUUAUGGAAGUUAGUGAACAAUCACACUUUCUUCCAGCAUCCCGAUCUCAUCCGAGUGCUGAGAAUUCACGAGAACGUGAUGGCCAUCAUGAUUAACACCUUGGGAAGACGUUCUCAGGCACAGUCUGACGCUCAGACUCAAGCGCAAGCGACCGAAGGCGAACCAGCAUCGAAGGAGAAGGACACUUCUCAUGAGAUGGUCGUGGCAUGCUGUAGAUUCUUGUGUUACUUCUGCCGUACAUCUAGGCAGAAUCAGAAAGCCAUGUUCGAUCAUUUUGAUUUUCUGCUGGAGAACAGUAACAUCUUGCUGGCCAGACCCUCGCUGCGAGGAUCGACACCGUUGGACGUGGCUUACUCUUCGCUGAUGGAGAACACCGAAUUAGCAUUGGCCUUGAGAGAACAUUACCUGGAAAAGAUCGCUAUUUAUUUGUCACGUUGCGGCCUGCAGUCGAACUCGGAACUAGUGGAAAAAGGCUACCCUGAUUUGGGCUGGGAUCCUGUCGAGGGUGAACGUUACCUCGACUUUUUGAGAUUCUGUGUGUGGGUUAAUGGUGAAAGCGUAGAGGAGAAUGCCAAUCUGGUGAUCCGUUUGCUAAUCAGAAGACCAGAAUGUCUGGGUCCUGCUCUUCGAGGUGAAGGUGAAGGUCUAUUGAGAGCUAUUAUGGAGGCCAACAAGAUGUCCGAGCGCAUUGCUGAUAGGCGAAAAUACUUCGCACAGGUGCACGACGAGGCCGAGGGAACAGCUAUGGUAAUGCAAUUCGAGCAUCCACUUCCCGAGUCAGAUGACGACGAAGACUACAUUGAUACGGGCGCAGCGAUCCUGUGUUUUUACUGUACUCUUGUCGAUCUGUUAGGUCGCUGUGCUCCGGAUUCUUCUGUCAUAGAGCAAGGGAAGAACGAAUCUCUUCGUGCUCGGGCGAUCUUGAGAUCGUUAGUGCCUCUGGAUGAUCUUCAGGGUGUGCUGUCUCUACGAUUUACUUUGCUCAACCCUGCCGCAGGCGAGGAACGACCGAAAAGUGAUAUGCCAUCCGGUUUGAUACCAGGACACAAGCAAAGUAUCGUGCUAUUCCUCGAGCGCGUUUAUGGUAUCGAGACACAGGAAUUGUUCUACAAGAUAUUGGAGGAAGCCUUCUUGCCAGAUUUACGCGCCGCUACAAUGCUCGAUAGAAACGACGGCUACGAAUCCGACAUGGCACUCGCUAUGAACCGCUACAUAGGAAAUAGUAUUCUACCGUUGCUGAUCAAGCAUUCGAAAUUUUACAACGAAGCGGACAACUAUGCGAGCUUACUCGACGCUACAUUGCACACGGUUUAUCGACUAAGUAAAAACCGUAUGUUGACGAAAGGACAGCGAGAGGCCGUCUCAGAUUUCCUCGUUGCCUUGACUAGCCAGAUGCAACCGAGCAUGUUGCUGAAAUUGCUACGGAAAUUGACUGUUGAUGUGUCGAAAUUGUCAGAGUACACCACUGUAGCUCUUAGGUUGCUAACGUUGCAUUACGAUCGUUGCGCAAAAUAUUACGGCUCCACUGGUUCCACGGGUCAAGGCUCGUACGGGGCAUCGAGCGACGAGGAGAAACGCCUCACGAUGGUUCUCUUUAGCAAUAUAUUCGACUCUUUGUCUAAAAUGGACUACGAUCCCGAAUUGUUCGGAAAAGCGCUGCCUUGCCUGACUGCUAUCGGCUGUGCUUUACCGCCGGAUUACUCCCUCUCGAAGAAUUAUGACGACGAGUGGUAUGGCAGCAAGUCGGCCUCGACUCAAUCACCCGACGGGCCUUAUAAUCCACAACCAAUCAACACCUCCAGCGUGGUGUUGAACAACGAUCUUAAUCAGAUAGUACAAAAGUUCUCGGAGCAUUAUCACGAUGCUUGGGCUAGCCGGAAGUUGGAGAACGGCUGGACUUACGGUGAACAAUGGUCGGAUACUAACAAGACCCAUCCGCGAUUAAAGCCAUACAAUAUGCUGACCGAUUAUGAACGAGAACGGUACAAAGAACCUGUUAGAGAAAGCUUGAAGGCUUUAUUGGCGAUUGGUUGGAGCGUGGAACACGCGGAGGUCGAUGUGCCGUCGACCAAUCGUAGUUCCAUGAGAAGAUCUUCCAAGAGUCAAGGCGACUCGGGAAAUCCAUUUAAUUACAAUCCUCACCCGGUGGACAUGACGAAUCUGACGUUGAGCAGAGAAAUGCAGAACAUGGCCGAGCGGUUGGCAGAUAACGCUCAUGAUAUUUGGGCUAAGAAAAAGAAGGAAGAACUUAUUACUUGUGGAGGUGGCAUUCAUCCUCAGCUGGUACCCUACGAUCUUCUGACCGACAAAGAAAAGCGGAAGGAUCGCGAGCGAUCGCAAGAGUUCCUUAAAUACUUGCAGUAUCAAGGCUACAAGCUUCACAAGCCUAAUCGCGGCGGUACCGAGACCGAAGUGGCCGGUGCGGUCGCUUCGGUGGAGUUAAGAUUCGCUUAUUCGUUGUUGGAGAAGCUAAUAGCGUAUCUGGACAAGGCGACAAUUAACAUGAAGCUCUUGAAGCCUUCCGACACGUUUAGCCGUAGGAACAGUUUCAAAACCUCCACUAGAGACAUCAAGUUCUUCAGCAAAGUGGUGUUGCCGUUGAUGGAGAAGUACUUUAGCACGCACAGAAAUUACUUCAUCGCCGUUGCCACUGCCACGAACAACGUUGGCGCAGCGUCCUUAAAGGAAAAAGAGAUGGUGGCUGCGUUGUUCUGCAAGCUGGCGAGUUUACUGCGAUCGAGGCUCGCCGCCUUCGGCGCGGAUGUGAGGAUAACGGUGCGUUGUCUACAAGUGCUUGUGAAGGGCAUUGACGCUAAAAGUCUCGUGAAGAAUUGCCCGGAGUUUAUCAGGACGUCUAUGUUGACUUUCUUCAACAACACCGCCGACGAUCUGGGACAUACGAUUUUGAAUCUUCAAGAGGGGAAGUACAGUCAUCUCAGAGGCACUCAUUUGAAGACUUCGACGUCGUUGUCGUACGUCAAUAGCGUGGUUCUACCGGUGCUUACUGCGAUGUUCGAUCAUCUCGCUGCGUGCGAGUAUGGCAGCGACUUGUUACUUGAUGAAAUUCAAGUAGCAUCGUACAAAAUGUUGGCAUCUCUAUAUACUCUCGGAGUGGACGCUAGUUUGACUCACGAUCGGAAGUAUCUGAAGACAGAAAUUGAGCGACACAAACCUAACUUGGGUUCUUGUUUGGGAGCUUUCUCGAGCUGCUUCCCAGUGGCCUUUCUAGAACCACACUUGAACAAGCACAAUCAAUAUUCUCUCCUCAAUCGAAUCGCAGAUCAUUCUUUGGAAGCUCAAGAUAUCAUGACAAAGAUGGAGUCGAGUAUGCCGACCUUGGAGACCAUAUUGAACGAAGUCGAUCAGUUCGUUGAGUCCGAGAAAACCUACAAUGACGCCCCUCACGUUGUCGACGUGAUUCUUCCGCUGCUCUGCUCAUAUCUGCCCUUCUGGUGGGCACAAGGACCUGACAACGUGAAUCCGACCGAAGGUACCUAUGUCAGCAUGGUUACCAGUGAUCAUAUGAAUCAAUUGUUGAAGAAUGUGUUGAAAUUGAUUAAGAAGAACAUCGGCAACGAGAACGCACCAUGGAUGACGCGGAUCGCUGCCUACACGCAGCAAAUUAUUAUUAACUCAUCCGAGGAGCUAUUGAAGGAUCCGUUCUUGCCUUUGGCGGAACGAGUGAGGAAGCGAACAGACAACAUGUUCCACAAGGAAGAAUCCCUUCGAGGUUUCAUCAAGUCCUCGGCCGACGAUACUUCGCAAGUUGAGGCGCAAAUACAAGAAGAUUGGCAGUUGCUAGUCCGCGAUAUCUACUCGUUCUAUCCGUUGUUGAUAAAAUACGUUGAUCUACAGAGAAAUCAUUGGCUGAGAAACAAUAUUCCUGAAGCUGAGGAUUUGUAUAAUCAUGUGGCAGCUAUAUUUAACAUAUGGUCCAAGUCGCAGUACUUCUUGCGUGAAGAGCAGAACUUUAUAUCCGCGAACGAGAUCGACAACAUGGUACUCAUUAUGCCAACUGCAACCAGAAGAUCCACGGCAGUGUCUGACGGCACCGCGCCUUCUGGAGGAGGCAAGAAAAAGAAGAAGCACCGUGACAAGAAGAGAGACAAGGAUAAAGAAGUGCAAGCAUCCCUCAUGGUUGCUUGCUUGAAGCGACUGCUGCCCGUCGGCUUGAAUCUUUUCGCUGGUCGCGAACAGGAAUUAGUGCAGCAUUGCAAAGACAGGUUUUUGAAGAAGAUGCCGGAAAACGAGAUCGCUGAAUUUGCUAAGACACAGCUAACGUUGCCCGACAAAAUCGAUCCUGCUGACGAGAUGUCCUGGCAGCAUUAUCUAUAUUCUAAGUUAGGUCAGAAGAAGGACGCGAUGGAACCUGUCAAGGCUCAACAGCUGGAGGAUGUAGUCGCUAGGAUCACCGACAUGGCUAAAGUGUUGUAUGGUUUACACAUGAUAGAUCAUCCGCAACAGCAGAGCAAGGGUCAGUACCGAUCAGUGGUGUCGAUUCAACGUAAACGAGCGGUAAUCGCUUGUUUUCGCCAAACUUCCCUACAUUCCUUGCCCAGGCACCGAGCGAUAAACAUAUUUGCGCGGACAUAUUACGAGCUGUGGUUACAAGACGAAAAUGUGGGUCAAGAAGUCAUGAUCGAGGACCUAACACAAUCGUUCGAGGAUGCCGAGUUGAAGAAAAUGGACAAGGACGAGGAUGAAAGCAAGCCCGACCCAUUGACACAGUUGGUCACAACUUUCUGUCGCGGUGCAAUGACUGAACGAUCGGGUGCUCUCCAGGAGGACCAGCUUUAUAUGAGUUACGCACAGAUUAUCUCCAAAUCUUGUGGUGAAGAGGAAGAGGAGGGUGAAGAAGAGGGAGGAGGCGAGGAAGAGGGUGGAGCUUCGAUUCAUGAACAAGAAAUGGAAAAGCAGAAACUUCUGUUUCACCAAGCUCGACUGGCAAAUCGGGGCGUUGCAGAGAUGGUCCUCCUGCACAUAUCGGCCUGCAAGGGUGUUCCUAGCGAUAUGGUCAUGAAGACUCUGGAGCUCGGCAUUUCGAUUUUACGCGGCGGCAAUAUCGAGAUCCAGCGGGGAAUGCUGAAUCAUUUGAAGGAGAAGAAAGACGUCGGUUUCUUCACGUCUAUUGCUGGUCUGAUGAACUCUUGCAGCGUGUUAGAUCUGGAUGCUUUUGAGAGGAACACAAAGGCCGAAGGUCUUGGUGUGGGUUCUGAGGGUGCAGCUGGUGAGAAGAAUAUGCACGACGCUGAAUUUACUUGCGCUCUGUUUCGUUUCAUCCAACUUACCUGUGAAGGUCACAAUCUUGAUUGGCAGAAUUACUUAAGGACACAGGCUGGUAACACAACAACAGUGAACGUGGUCAUUUGCACUGUGGAUUACCUGCUGCGACUUCAAGAGUCUAUCAUGGACUUCUACUGGCAUUACUCGAGCAAGGAGCUUAUCGACUCCGCAGGCAAAGCGAAUUUCUUCAAGGCUAUCGGUGUCGCCAGUCAAGUGUUCAACACUCUUACUGAAGUUAUCCAAGGUCCAUGCGCUCAGAAUCAACAGGCUCUGGCGCAUUCGAGAUUGUGGGACGCGGUUGGCGGUUUCCUUUUCUUAUUCUCGCACAUGCAGGACAAAUUGUCGAAGCACUCGAGUCAAGUGGAUCUUUUGAAGGAAUUAUUGAAUUUGCAGAAAGAUAUGAUCACCAUGAUGCUCUCCAUGCUUGAAGGUAACGUUGUGAACGGGACAAUUGGAAAGCAGAUGGUGGACACUCUGGUUGAGUCGGCUAGCAACGUGGAAUUGAUUCUCAAGUACUUUGACAUGUUCUUGAAGUUAAAGGAUCUCGUAUCAUCGCCAAGUUUCUUAGAAGUCGAUGUUAACAAUGAUGGUUGGGUAUAUCCUAAGGAUUUCAAAGAGAAGAUGGAACAGCAGAAAAGUUACACCGACGAGGAAAUUGAAUUUCUUCUGGCCUGCUGCGAGACUAAUCACGAUGGUAAAAUCGAUUACAUUGCUUUCAUGGACCGUUUCCACGAACCGGCGAAGGAGAUCGGUUUUAAUCUGGCUGUACUACUCACCAAUCUUUCCGAACAUAUGCCUAACGAGCCGAGAUUAGCCAGGUUCCUUGAAACAGCCGGUUCUGUUCUCAAUUACUUCGAGCCGUUUCUGGGUAGAAUCGAAAUCCUCGGCGGUAACAAGAAGAUCGAACGCGUGUACUUCGAAAUCAAGGAAUCGAAUAUUGAACAGUGGGAGAAGCCGCAGAUCAAAGAGUCGAAGAAAACUUACUUCUACAACACAGUGGUCGAGGCCGGCGAGAAGGAAAAGCUCGAAACCUUUAUUAACUUCUGCGAGGACGCCAUUUUUGAGAUGCAACACGCGAGCGCGUUGAUGACUGUCGAAGAAAGUGGCGGAAUCGGCAAGGCUAGAGAAUCCUCGUAUACUUACAUGACCGAUGACGACGAAGAGAGGAACAAGGACCCGAUCAGACGAGGUAUACAGGCCUUCAAGGACGGCGUUUACUACUUCUUCUACAUGUUCUCGCCGACUAACAUCAAAAACAAGAUUGCUGAGAUGCAACAAAUGACAAUUCCCGAGCUCUUCAUCGGUUUCUUCAAGAUGAUCUUCUAUGCAUUCUAUUAUUCUGGUUUUGGUGUCGGCCUUGUUAUCAAAUAUUUCAUGAGACUUUUGCUAACGCUGAUGAGAGGACCACAUUUGGACGAGCCUGUUGUUGUCAAAGAGGAAGAGGAGAAACCGUCAAGACACUUACCCGCUUUGCCACCAACACCGGAUGAAUCAAAUCUACAGGUACAAGCUUUCGGAAUGGAUAUAACAAAAGAGGAAGGAGGACAAAUAAAAUUAGCGCCGCACGAAUCGACUACUUCUACACCACAGUCCAGUAUCGAAGAAACGGGCGAAAGCACCCCGGACGAAGGUACCGGAGAAGAGGGAGCUCGAGCUGAAGGAGCAGAAAGCGAGGCACCUGUCACUUUCGCCGACUUGCUUGGUGGAGAACAAGCCAGGGCUCAAGCUGCCGCCGCGGCCGAAGCAGCUGCGGCUCAACAGGCGGCUAUGGCAGCGGUCGAGGCCGAGGCGAAGCAAGAAACUAUCGUCGAACCUUCGACAGGAUCGAGUAUCGAUCUAUCUGAGUACAGUCAUCGCGUAGUAUCUUUCUUGGCCAGGAAUUUCUAUAAUCUGAAAUACGUUGCGCUGAUUCUCGCUUUCUGCAUCAAUUUCAUGCUGCUCUUCUACAAGGUCACAUCUUUGGGUGAUGAUUCGGACGUCGAAGGUAGUGGAUCUUCUAUGGCUGAUCUGCUGGCGGAAAUGUCGGGCGAGGGUCCAUCGGGUUCAGAAGGUAGUGGGGUGGAAAUAGGCAGCGGUAGCGGUGAAAAUGGUUCGGAAGAGGAAGAUGAAGAUGUGCCGGAAAUCGUGGAGGUGUCGGAGGAUUAUUACUACAUGGCUCAUGUUAUGAGGUUACUGGCUGCCCUUCAUUCCAUCGUUUCGCUCGCUAUGUUGGUUGCAUAUUAUCAUCUGAAGGUACCACUGGCUAUCUUCAAACGAGAAAAGGAAAUUGCGCGACGAGUAGAAUUCGACGGAUUAUACAUAGCUGAAACGCCAGAGGAAGACGACAUCAAAGCCCAUUGGGACAAAAUGGUGAUAUCGGCCAAAACUUUCCCCGUGAAUUACUGGGAUAAGUUUGUCAAAAAGAAAGUCCGACAAAAGUACAGCGAGACGUAUGAUUUCGAUUACAUCAGCAACCUGCUCGGAAUGGAGAAGACUUCCUUCAGUCAACAGGAGGAAGAAGGAUCCGGCUUGAUUCAUUUCAUUGUAACUAUCGACUGGAGAUAUCAGAUUUGGAAGGCCGGUGUCACCAUCACAGAUAACGCAUUUUUAUACAGUUUGUGGUACUUCACGUUCUCAAUCCUUGGCAACUAUAACAAUUUCUUCUUCGCUGCUCACUUAUUGGACGUUGCAGUCGGUUUCAAAACUCUCAGAACAAUUUUACAGUCGGUAACGCAUAACGGGAAGCAGCUGGUCUUGACGGUGAUGCUGCUGACGAUCGUGGUAUACAUCUACACAGUAAUAGCCUUCAACUUCUUCAGAAAGUUCUACAUACAGGAGGAAGAUGACGAAACGGAUAAAAAAUGUCAUCAUAUGUUAACGUGCUUCGUUUUCCAUCUGUACAAAGGCGUGAGGGCCGGCGGUGGCAUAGGUGACGAGAUCGGUGAACCCGAUGGCGACGAUUACGAGGUUUAUCGUAUAAUGUUCGACAUCACGUUUUUCUUCUUCGUGAUCGUCAUUCUAUUAGCUAUAAUUCAAGGUUUGAUCAUCGACGCGUUCGGAGAGCUUCGAGAUCAGCUCGACAACGUGAAGACGAAUAUGGAGAGUAACUGCUUCAUAUGUGGCUUAGGAAAAGAAUAUUUCGACGCGGUGCCGCACGGGUUCGAUACUCACGUCCAGCAGGAGCAUAAUCUAGCGAAUUACAUGUUCUUCCUUAUGCACCUGAUUAACAAGCCGGACACCGAGUAUACCGGUCAGGAGACCUACGUGUGGAAUAUGUAUCAACAGAGAUGUUGGGACUUUUUCCCGGUGGGCGAUUGCUUCCGCAAGCAGAACGAGACGGUAGAAGAGGAGGGCAAGAAGAAAUAAAGAAAUUGAUCCUAAUUCUCUAAUUAAGGCGACCAAUUGUUAGACCAAGCGAUUUUACUUGACGAAGGGGACUUGCCUCCUCGAGCAGCGUCUUCGAUAAUUCUUAGCGUCAAUUUUUGCUCAUCGGACAGGAGUGCGAAGUCGGUGAAGUCCGUUCAGAAUCAAAUUUUAAAAAGAACUCUACAUUUUACCUCACGUAAUACGACGAAGAGAAAUCUCACCUCGUAAACUUGUGUCUCCGUUUUCCAUUUGACAGUUUAUCGUUAUUCCGACUAAUUAAAUAGACCGAGUCUCUGGCGUGUGAGUCUUAGUGCAUUAAUUAGGUACUGCGUAUAGUGAAAGUGUUCAGACACGGAGGAAUUCGCGCCUGAUUCAAAAGUCGAGCGCGUGCGCAAGCGCGCGGCCGAAAUUUAGUGAAAUUGAACAUAUUUUUCCAACUUUGUAAGGAUUGCUCUGAAAGGGUACCACCGAGAUUUAAGGGGUUUUCUCCUUAAAUCCGCUAGACUGGCGUCGAUCGAUCGAAGGUAGACGAAAACACCCGAGAAGCUUCCUUCGGCCGACGGUACAUUGUUGAAUCGAUGAAACGGCGGAACCGACUGCACAAAUUUACAUAUUCAUAGCGUUACAAUUGCCUUCUUUUCAUACGUCGGGUGAUCGUAUUUGUGCAUAAUUUUUGCGCUGCGUCGCGGCGUUAACGUUUGAGAUAUAUGAUAUAGUAUAAGAGUAAGUUGAAGAUACUUAAAGUUUAUAUAAUGUGCAAAUCUCUACCGCUACGAGAAAAUGCGAACUUUUUGGACAUUAUUUAUGACUGAGCUCACAGUAUAUAUAUCCGAGAAAAUGUCAAUAUAUUGUAAAUAAAAACUCUACGACAGGACUACCUGAUAAUAAAGACAUACUUCUUUA